AUGACUAAAACAGCUCAAGCACGUUUACUUGAUAAUCUACUUAAAACUCGUUAUCCUCUUACUUAUUAUCUUAUUCGACAACAAGAAUUCAAUAAAGUCUUUUCAACAACAGAAACAAAUAUAUUACCAAUUACUUUCGAAUCUGAAAUGAAGACGUUUGUCAAGCAAAAAGCAUCAUUAUCUUAUCAUUUAUCCGAUACGAAAGUUCCUCAAGUAUCCAAGUUUAAUAAAAUACAAAAUGAAUUUAAUAGUGAUCCAGACUAUUAUACAACAUAUGAACAAAGUUCCGAUACAGAUGAUAAUGAUGAUACAAAAGAAUACGACGCAAGACCAUUAUUAAAAAUUGCUGAACAAGAAGGUAUAACAAUUCCUAAAACACUCGAUGAUUAUGUUGCGCCAUCACGUGCUGGUGCACUCGGAUUAAAUAAUGGGAAAAAUGGAAAAAAAUCUGCUUAUAAUACUUUAUCAUCACAUGAAGAUGAUGUUGAUUUAGGAAUCGAUGAUGAUGAUGAUCAAAUGGCUGAUAUGGCUGACGAUGAUGAUGGAUCGUAUGAUGAAAGUGAUUAA